CGUCGGCCUUCUUUUCCCCAAGGAGCUGUCGACUGGAGAUCGCGGCACAAAGUUGUGCCAGAAGGCAAAAAGCGCCAAGGAAGAAGAAAACCCAUCUCAGCAUGUUUUCUUCCCGAGAGUGAGGAGGAUGGACAGAAUGACCUUAGUCCAGAGAGAAUGUCCUGGCACGAACGUUCGUGUCCUUUCUACGAGUCUGACAAAGAAAGGAGCCAUCACCUUACAGCUGAUAACAACAGUAUUGAUAGCAACAAAAAAAGGUACAGCGACAACGUCGCAGCGCCGGCCUCUGAUUUAUUCAACGAACCAUCACUUUCAUCAAGUCUAUCGAUAGUUGAAUGCAACUGCCGAUUACAAAAAUCAGACACAUUGCAAAAUAAUAACAACAUCGACGAAGGUGGGGAUAACCGCGACGAAGCACACAAAUACAACGACGAAGAAUGUGUUAGAAAUCGAAAACCCAAGAGAAAAAAGAAUAGAAAUAUACGAGAAACGGUUAUCAUUAAUGUUGGCGGCCAGAUUUUUGAGACCUACAAGUCAACUUUAACUCGUCUAAGAACGCCAGUGUUUCAUUCAGACACUCUCGAGUUGUACUAUCGAAAGUCUCAUAAAGAUUACUUCUUUGACAGAGAUCCGUCAGCUUUUGGAUCCAUUCUGAACUUUCUGAGGACCGGAGAGCUGCACAUCCCUACUAAUAUGUGUGGUCCAGCUUUACAGAACGAGCUGGCAUUCUGGGGCAUUGAGGAGACAGACAUCUCCAGAUGUUGCUGGACACAGUAUAACACCUGGAAGACCCAGUGUCGGUCGCUGGAAAAGCUGGAGAACGAUCGAAAGUUUUCAACAACGCAAGAGACAGAGCAAGUCGACCCAAACGAUUCGUGUUGGAACAGGUGCAAAUCCAAAAUCUGGACAUUCCUUCAAGAUCCAGGUUCUUCCAAAAAAGCCAAGGCAUACGCUUGGGUCUCCAUCAUCUUCGUCUUCGUGUCCAUCUUUUCCUUCUGCGCAGAAACUCAUCCAAUGUUCAAAGUCAAAGCACGAGACAUGACGCACUUUGCCUCUUUCUACGAAUUCUUUAAUGUGCAAUCCAUACCUUGGGCUCAAGUGCUCAGUGCAGUUCGACACAACGCAACAGUUCAUGCAGAGACAACACCGCAGCCUCGACCGGACGCCUUUGCUUCUAGUACCAAUUCCACAAAGUUGAACAUGACUAAACAGAGAGCUUCAGGUAUAGCUAAACGAUCACUAAGCAAACACGCUUGCGAAACCAGAGCUAGUUUUGAAGGCAACAAAAAUAAUAAUGAUAACGACAGUGACUGGGGCAACAGGGACUUACCCCAUCCCACCCUGAUCGUUAUGGAUGCAAUUUGUCUUUUCUUUUUCACAUUAGAAUAUAUAACUCGAUUCGUAUGCACGCCUAGUAAACUAAAUUUCCUACGGGCUCUUCAAAAUAUUGUGGAUUUUUUAGCGUUUGCUCCGGAUUAUGUAGAGUUGUUGUUUUUAAUUAUCGAUCCUAGUCAGAAGGAGGGGGUAGCAAUCAUGGAAAUGCUUUUUAUUCUUCGCAUUCUUCGACUUUUUAGGAUUUUUAGACUUAUUCGUCAUGUUCCCGGCUUGUGGAUUUUAUUGUAUACGUUAAAGGCGAGUUUCAAUGAACUUAUGCUGAUGUGUGUAUUUCUGUUGAUUGGCAUGGUUGUAUUCGCAACUUUGGUUCAUUUCGUGGAGCCGGAUGGAACUUUUAACAACAUUCCCGUUGGGUUUUGGUGGAGCGUCGUAACCAUGACGACUGUUGGCUAUGGCGAUAUGUAUCCUCAGUCUGCGGCAGGGUAUGUUAUUGGGUCAUGUUGCGCGGUGGCAGGGCUGCUCAUGAUUGCCUUUACAGUUCCAAUCAUCGUUAGUAAUUUUGUACUCUACUACACACACGUCCAAUACGGCUUGGCUCGUAGGGACAGAGAGAACGAUCGAGAAAAGGAGGAGGGGGAAAUAGAAUUAUUAAAAUGCAUAAACCGAAAUGAUGUCGAAAAAAUCGGAUCGUUAUUGUCAUUAACUUCAAGAAGAAAGUCACAAAAGAUCGCGAAAUCUCCAGCAACAACCACAAAGAACGGAAAGUCGUACACGCCUGUUAGCACCAAAUCAGAUACCGAAAACGCAGCAGGCGCAUCACGAGAUUCCAUAGAAAAGAACCUAUGUGAACAUACAACUGUAAUAGAAAUGGGAGAGAAGGUUGUAUAG